AUUUUUUUUCCUUUUUGCUCUCCCUCAUCCAGCGUGCAUUUUAUGUUAAAUAUUUCCUCUUCCGUUCCCCGUGUAUAGAUUAUCCACGUCCGCGAGUUCUGCGGUCGCCAUUUGCAUAUACUGUCGGCCAAUAUAAUGCAUUGGUUUAAGCAGGAUGUAAAAUCGAUAAACGACGAUGAAAAGAGAAACUCUUCUAGCUACGAUCAAGAUGAAAUAGAUCCCAAUUUGUUAAUUCCGGAUAGAAAACUCGGAAAGGAUUACGAUGACUACUUUAAUGGGGAUAUAUAUGGACAAUCACCCUGCAGACAUGUCCAGCAGUGGGAGACCCCGGAGAUGAGCGAUGCGUCUAAGAUGCCAUAUCUUGUACAUAUAAAAUCUUUGUCUAUGGGUUGGCCUCAUCUCCGCUACCUUGCGGAAUGGAUGGAGGUCACAACAUCGCCUACCAAAUGGCAGCUUAUUAGAGACUCGCCCAAACUGGAGGAGAUUCGGAAGGAGAGAGCUACGCGCACCAAAAUAAAGGCCAUUGACUUUAUUUCAGGCCAGCCAGCUAUACAUAUGCACGACAUUGAUAGCCCCAAUGAUCUGGCACAGUAUCUGGACCAACCCGCGGUUCCAGAGGCCACUCGACUAUACGUUGUGGAAGACCUCUCACGCGACGUGAUCGAGCAGCUGGGUUACAAGCUUGAUAUUGAUCCCCUCUUCUUUCGAGAGCACAUCAAUGACUAUACGUGGUAUAACACGCGAGAUCCAUGGGUUGAACUUCCCGAUCUCGACAUCGUUUCGCGAUCCCGGUCGUACUUCCGUCUAAUGUACAUGCAUCCACGGUACUUUACGACCCGAGAUAGUUACGAUAAAGCACUGAAGCAGGCGGGGAAAUUCAACGUGCUUAGGCGACUAGACGAGGACAACGAGCACGAGUCCUUGUUUGACGACGAAUCAGCAACGGUUGCCCUUGUUAGAAGCAAGGCGUCGUUUUGGAUCAGGCGAUCUAGCAAUUCCCAGCAGGCUGUUGGGGUCUUGCUCAUCGACCCGUCGAUAACCGAGGGAUUCCCCCUCUGGAAAGGAUACCGGCCUUUUAGAAAUUCGCCUUCUCCCUCGAACAAGACAUCCUUCGAAGUACCUCCUCGGACUAGCCUCUUCGAGGACUUGAUCUUCUGGAUUCGGCAGACGUCGCAGCAGGAUAUAGACGCCAUACAGCACAACCCCAACGCGAUGGCUUUCCGAAUCCUGGAGAUCAUAUGUGCGGAGUGGCUGACACUAAGCCGCUAUAUCACCGCGCGUCUCGGCCAGAUCGAGUGGGAGAUCGAGAGCCCGGAGCGGUUCCAGGUCAAGAAGAUCAACCUCCAGCAGGAGUCCAUAAACUUCAAUACGUCGCUGAAGAAGCUGCACACGUGGCGCCGCCGCCUCCCCAUCUACAAGGCCAUGGUGGCGGACACCCACACGAAACUGUUUCCGAAGGUUGAAUCCGGCUCCGGCCGCCGGGACUGCGUCGCCGACUUGAAGAAGGACUUCGAGAUCGUGUCGGGCCAUAUCGACGACCUGCUGUCGCGGACGGAACGCAUCGCCGCCGUCGCCACGGCCGUGACGGCGAUCGAGGAGAGCCGGCGCGCCAUCGAGCAGAACAAGACCCUGGGAAGACUUACUUAUUUGGCCGUCAUCUUCGCGCCGCUCAGUUUCGUGUCGAGCUUCUUCAGCAUGUCGACCGAUCUCUCGGGGUUAACCCAGACUAUCUGGGUAUACUUCUGCGUCGCUGUGCCCAUCAGCUUCUUCGUCUACUUGUUGGUCGACAAGAACUGGACGAAUAAUAUGCAGGCCGCGUAUAAUAAGACCAAGGAGGUCAAGCAUAAUGCCAAGUUACAUGAUCGGAGGCAUUGACGUAUUUAUUCGUUUGUUUGUUAUAUAAUGACGAUUGGACUAGGGAUAGCGAUACCACGACAUGAGAGUUACGAUUUAUGACAGCA